AUGGCCGGCGACAACUUCUCCUUCAACUACAAAGCCUUAGUGUGGGCCCCGUACGGCGAUCUCUGGAGACCCCAACGCCGCCUCGCCGCCGUCGAGCUGUUAUCGGCGGCCAGUCUCCAGCGAUCUUCAAUUAUCAGGGAGGACGAGAUUCGGACGGUGAUCCGAUCAAUGUUCGGACUGACAAAAAACGAUAAAAUCUCAGCCGUGGAUUUCACCUCUCUGGCCGGCGCGUUCACUUUCAAUGCCAUGAUGAGAAUCAUAAGCGGGGAACGGUUUGUGGAAGAAGAAGAUAUGGGAGGGGAGAAAGGGAGAGAGAUAAUUGAUGGGCUUCGAGAGCUUUUCUUCGCCAGUAUUCUGGGCAUGAAUGCCUGCGAUUUCUUCCCGGUUUUGAGGUGGUUCGGGUACGGAGGCAUGGAGAAGAAGAUGGCGGCAGUCACUGACAGGAGAAUCGAGCUGGUCAGCCGCCUUCUGGACGAAUUUCGCCGAAAAAAUGUUGGAUUUUCGGAUUCAGACGGCGGGGAGAAAACAACAGUGGUUGAAACUACAGUGGAGAAAACAACAGUGGUUAAAAGAUCUGACAAAGCAUGA